AUGACAUUGGCUGAUAAUGAUACAAGUAAGACUUAUGAUCGCUUUCUCGAUGGAGAUGAAGAACCACGACGAAUGUUGCAACCAAUCGAAGGAUUUCAAAAUUUUCCGUUAGUUUCUCUCGAAAAAUCAGUUGAACCUAUCGUUUCGAUCUGUCCUGAUAUUCUUCGACGAGUCUAUAUCGCUAUGGAAAACUGUAAAGAUCGCACUCGUGAACAAUUAACAGUAGAUGAAGCUGCAUCAAUCUAUCUCUACACUAUGUCAUGGAAACCGAAAAAAGAAUGUCUUUACGUAGCGUUGAAUUCGGUUCUUCGCACAGAAAACCGGGAUGAAAUUACUCCUUGGUAUUUGUAUUUGAAGUUAGUGCUGACCGCACUAACUCGACUACCCUCAUGCGAAGUGGUUGUUUGGCGUGGUGUGAAACGAGAUCUAGCUGAUCAGUAUGAAGUUGGCAAGACGUAUGUUUGGUGGGCAUUUAGUUCAUGUACAAAAUCACUUCAGGUGCUCGAGUCAGAACAUUUUCUAGGUAAAACAGGAGAAAGAACUUUAUUCAAUAUUCAAUGUGAAAAUGGUAAAGCUAUUGCAUCGUAUUCACAUUUUCCUGUGGAGGAAGAAAUUAUGAUUUUGCCAGCAACACAGUUUAUAGUGUGUGGAAAAUUAAAUCCAUCGCCCAAUCUCCAUAUUAUCCAAUUAAAAGAGAUCAAACCACCUUUCCCACUGAUUGAGUUACCUUCUAUUCCAUUGGAAUCCAAUGCAUUAACACAUAUCAAUGCCAAACUCGAACAACGAAUUUCCAUGUGUAUGAGAGAAUGUAUGUAUCUAGGACAAUUCAACAUCGUUGAUCGUGAUAUUCCACUUAUUAUCCAACAAGCGAUAAACACACGGAAGUGCACCUUUCUCGAUUUAAGUCAUAAUAACAUCACGGCGGAUGGUGCCAAACUUGUUGCUGAUGUGUUGAAGACGAAUCAGUUUUUGAAAACUUUACGGUUUUGGCAAAAUUAUAUAUUAGAUGCGGGUGCUAGUUCCAUUGCACAGGCGUUGCAUUAUAACAAAACACUUACUGUGCUAUGUCUAGCAAGUAACGGUUUGACAAAUGUUUCCGCUAUGGAUAUCGCUUGUAUGUUAAACGUAAAUAAGAGUUUGAUUAGAUUGUACUUGGAUCACAACGAAAUUGGCGAUCAAGGUAUGAUUAGUUUAAUGAGUGCGUUGCAGAGUAAUCAAACUCUGCAAAAAAUAUUUCUACAUAGUAAUGUUAUCUCUGACCGAUCGAUCCUCAGUGUCAGAGCAAUGCUCCAACAAAAUCAAACUUUACGAUGGCUAUCAUUGGACAACAAUGGAUUGUCUUAUCAAGGAUGCGAUACUCUGCUAAAUAUUGCUAUUAAUUCAAGGCGUUGUAUUCAAUUAAACUUAUGA